GCCGUAACAAGUAAAAUCCAUAGAGAUAUGGCAACAAGCUUUUAGCGCCGCUAUAAGAAAACUGGUCAUAGAAAUUAUAUGUACUCUCUCUCACGGUGCUUAGCUCGUGAAAGGAUGUGGAAAAGCAGAGUCCAUCGUCGGCAACAAACGUUGCUUGCUAUCAUCAGACACUACUCUCGGAUUUCUCCACCACCACCCGCUUAUGCCGACCCGGUAAUCCGGGUCUCCAAAACCAACAUAGCCCAUCUGGGCGGUCCAAAGAAGGGCCCAAAGCCUCGGCAGCUCCUAUCUCUGCCUCCCUUUCCUGGCCACCCUUUGCCCGGCAAGAACUCGGGCAGUGGUAAGCCCGGUCGAGUCACCGCCAUCAGUUGGGUCAAGUAUUACUUCGAUGAGAUUGCCGACCCUGUGAUUCAGUCCCAUUUCAACAAAGGCCUUGUCCAGAUGGCAUGCCCAAGUUCGGAAGACUCCUAUGUUGACAAGGAGCAAAUGAAGCCCAUGAGAAAGAUUCGGCCUAAUGAGGUCAUGGAGGCUGGGGCACGAGUUUAUAUACCUGUAUCUGUUGCGGAGACAAGGAUUUCCAAGAGAUAUGACACUAUACCAAGUGGGACACUAUAUCCAAAUGCUGAUGAGAUACAGUACUUGCAAAGGCUUGUCAAGUACAAGGACUCAGCUAUAAUGGUGCUAAAUAAGCCCCCAAGAGUGCCAGUCAAGGGGAAUCUGCCAGUUCAUAACAGCAUGGAUGCUUUGGCAGCUGCAGCUUUGUCUUACGAUUAUGAUGAGGGCCCUAAGUUGGUUCAUCGACUCGACCGAGAGAGCAGCGGCCUCCUCUUGAUGGGGAGAACAAAAGAAAGUGUAGAUCAUCUUCAGUGGUUAUUUAGUGACAUAAAUAAAGGAAAUCCCUCCUGCAAGGCUUGGAAUGAUGCAUGUCAAGCAACAUAUCGGAGGUAUUGGGCUUUGGUCAUAGGCUCUCCCAGGGAAACUUCUCAAGAGGCAAUAACUGAAUUUCGGGUUCUUGGUCCUAUGAUAAGUGGAUGCUCGUGGAUUGAACUACGACCAGUUACUAGUCGGAAGCAUCAGCUCUGUGUCCAUUGUGCCGAAGCUCUUGGCACUCCAAUUGUGGGUGACUUCAAGUAUGGUUGGUUUGUUCACCAGAGAUGGAAGCAAAUGCCUAGGGUUGAUAUUGAGCCAACAACUGGUCAACCGUACAAGUUGCAAAGGCCAGAAGGUCUGGAUGUUCAGAAAGGAAGUGUUUUAUCUAAGGUCACUUUGUUACAUCUUCACUGUAGGGAGCUUGUACUUCCCAACAUCUCCAAGUUCCUUCAAGUUUUGGAUCAAAAGUCAGAAAACCUGCAUCCGGCGGUUAGCUCGAAGCCAGAUCUACUUCGGUUUGUGGGAUUGAUGCCUUCCCACAUGAAAAUUAGUUGGAAUCUUAUGUCCUCCUAUUUGGUAUAAGAAUGCAGGAAAGUUUGUGUUCUGUAGAGCCCGAUUCAUGUUGCUGUAGAUCAAUUUUGGGGGUGCAGUUUAACAUUUAUUCUAAUUUUAUCGGUUAAUAUUAUGAAUUUUAGUAUAUCAUGUUUUA